ACAAAGCCGCCACUAGCACCGAAACCAAAGAUUAUCGCUCAUCUUUCUCCAGUAGCCAUCUCCAAAUUUUCUCCCUCUCUGCCAAGGGCAGAUAUUCUUCAUAGCCCGAACUCCAUGUCUAGGGGUCCCAAACCACCCAUUGCUCCCAAGCCCAAAUUCUCCGCUGACACUGAGCGCACAUCCAGCGGUUAUACCAACAAUAGCUUCAGUCAGUGCUCCAAUGGGAAACUGGGAUGUCCUGACAGAGAGCUGUGUGAAGGCAGCCACUGCCAUGUCGGCUGCCCCCAGUCUGAGGCAGCCAACGCGUACAUUGCAGUUCCUGAAACUCAGCUGUGCAGUGAAGGCUGUAAUGACUUGGAACGGGAGCAUGACCAGAGCCCAGCUUCCUUCACAGAAAAUGAGGCCCCAGAAACCCCAGACGAGGCUGAGAAGGAAGAGGAUAGUACUGCUAAUGAGGACAACACCAGUAAUCAAGAAGUCUCCAAGGAGGAGCACCCUAACUCCUCGGAUAUUGCUGAGCCAGUGCAACCCGGCUCCGAAGAGUCAGCUGGAGUCUAUGAGCAGCCCAAUGCCCUUCGUGUGUGCCCCUCGGAUGUCCCUGAUGGGGACAGUGGUGCUGCCAGGAAUGCAGGGGAAGGUGGGGAUGUGGUAGGUGUUUGUAGUGAAACCAGAACUAAGGAGGAAACUUCUGACAACCUGGACAUGGCGAAGGACGACAGUGAUUGUCAGCCUGACAGUGGUGACAUCUGGAGUAGAGCUGAGGAGCUGGAGGGUGGUACCUGCGCACGCAGUGUUGUCACGCCACUGCCUGCAGGAGGACCAGGCCCUGGCAGGGAGAAGGCCGUGCAGGAGGAGCAGGAGCUGCCUGAGGGUUUGGAGAAGGGGGGCAGGUGUCUUGCACACGACGGCGAGCAGUGUGCGCACGCAGAGCUGGAUGCAAAUGUGGAAGGGCAGUUUGAAAACAAUGACUCUGCCAGCCUUGACGUGCUGCCAGCUGAGGGCAGUGAGGAAACAGCUCCUGGCUUGGAAGCACGUGAAGGUGAACACGAUGCAGACGGUGGAGAGUCCAGCCCUCAAGCAGCAGCUGAAGAGGAGGAAGCAGACCCAGACGAGCACAGCAGUACAAACACGGGAGAUGCCAGCCACGGCUGCCAGGUCAGUGAGGGGAAGAUGUCAGAGGUAGCCUGUGAAGCAAGCAAAGACUCUGAGAACAGGGAUGAGGAAGCUGUGAAUGCAGGCAAUAUGGACAAUGCUUGUCACAUUGUUCCCUGGGAGAAUGAAUGUGGUGCAGAGACAGCCCUGGCACAUUGGGGUGAGGACCCUGAAAGAGAAGGGACCUCUCUGGAUGAAGCUGGUGUGGUCUUGGCCAGUGUACCAAGUGCUCCAGGGAUGGAGCCAGAGAUGGAAGAUGUGGCUGUUGAAGAGCAUGGAGAGAGUACUGUGGAAACCUCUACGUCAGAUGAGCUGCAACUGGAAGUCAGUGAGGUGGAAGCAGAGAGCCUCAGCAAAAGUGUCCCACAUCCCCCUCAACAGGUCCUGCUGGAAGAAGAGUUACAGGUCUGUAAGCUGGGCAACAUGAACGUGGCAUGUGGGGCCACACAGGUCUCGCAUGAGAUUGUGGCAGUCCCUCAGGUGGUCGUUGUGCCCGAAGAAUCAGAGGGAAGAGAAACCAGCAGUGAUUCCCUAGAUGACCCUGAAAAUGACGUCGCUCAGGAUAGGCAGGCUGAUUUCGGAGCUGAUCACAGUACCAAGGAGGAGUUGGGCACGGACGGUGAAAACAGCUUGCUGCCCAUUGAUCGUAAAAGCAUCGUCACUCGAACACGCUCACUCUCUGGGAAAAUGCCGGGUUGUGUCCCAGAAACUGUUCCAGAAGAAGCUGGACCUGAAACGGACUUACCGUCUUCCCACACUGGCUCUGGGGCAGAAGAACCAAGCAGUGAUUUAUUCUCGGGGGAAGGAAAAGCAGUAGAAGCCGGCAGGGCAUUACCAGCCAAGUCCAGACGUUUCCUCUUAUACCCUCGAUCUUACUCCGUUGAAGGGAGGGAGACCCCGGCCUCUGUUUGCAGAGAAAGUGAUGGCUGCGGACUGGAUGAUGGCAGAAUAAGAAGGACAGAGGACAACUUGUCUUUGCCUUGUGUCAAUGGUUGCUCAGGUAGUUUUUCCCAGAGAAAUCAUCUUUCAUCCUGUGGCUUAUCUACUCCGUCCUCCGUUGUGGAUAUACCACCUCCUUUUGAACUUGCCUACAUCACCAAAAAGCCAAUCACUAAAAGUUCCCCAUCACUUCUGAUCGAAAAUGACUCACCUGACAAGCAUUCCAAGAAAAAGAAAUCUUCCUUCAAGAGGUUCCUGACUCUCAAAUUCAAGAAGAAAACGGAAAGUAAAGUCCAUGUAGAUGUCAAUGUUUCCUCCUCAAGGUCCUCAUCAGAGUCGAGCUACCACGGGCCUCCACGGCUGAUGGAGCUGGACAGGAGGAGCCUCAGCAGCUCACCUCAACUGAAGUCACAUGUGGGGAAGCUCCGUGUGUCCGAGUCUCCUUCGGCUGUUCUUUUUUAUAAGGAUGGCAAAAGAAAAGGAACUAGCAGGAGCGUGGCACGGGUGGAGUCCUUUGAGGACCGGUCCAGACCUCCAUUCAUGCCGCUCCCGUUAACGAAGCCUCGUUCCAUCUCAUUCCCCAAUGCUGACACAUCUGACUACGAGAACAUCCCAGCUAUGAGCUCUGACUACGAAAACAUCCACAUUCCUCCACGAAGACCUACCAGAGCAGGAACUUUUACUGAGUUUUUUGAGGACCCCAGCCGGGCGCUGUCUGCUGCUAAUGAGAACGACGGCUACGUGGACAUGAGCAGCUUUGCUGGCUUUGAGAACAAGCAGCCACCUGCUGACCAGGACCCAGAAAG